GUUGACUGGAAUGAAUCUACCUUCUCCUGUUAUCAGCAGUAAAAACUGGCUGCGGCUUCACUUUACAUCUGAUAGUAAUCACAAGCAGAAAGGAUUUAGUGCUCACUAUCAAGUUAAAAAGUUGAUUGAGCUGAAGUCCCGAGGAGUAAAACUGCUUCCCAGCAAAGAUAAUCAGAAGCCUUCAGUUUUAACUCAAGCAGGCACAGCACAGGGUUAUAAUAUGUGUCCUGACCCAGGAGUUCCUGAAUGGGGUAAAAGAACAGGUGUGGAUUUCAGACUGGGAUCCAGUGUGCAGUUCUCAUGUGAUGAUGGCUAUGAAUUGCAAGGGUCUAAAAGCAUAACCUGUAUGAGAAUGUCUGACUUAUUCGCAGCUUGGAGUGAUCACAGACCAUUCUGCCGAGCUCGAGUAUGUGGUGCACAUCUGAAUGGUCCCACUGGAGUUAUUUCAUCCCCUAAUUUCCCGGUGCAAUAUGAUAGUGAUGCACACUGUGUAUGGCUGAUUACUGCCUCUGAUCCGGACAAGGUGAUCAAGCUGACUUUUGAUGCGUUUGAAUUGGAAAGAGGCUACGACACAUUAACAGUUGGGGAUGGUGGGCAGCCUGGAGAACAGAAAACAGUGCUUCAUGUUUUGACAGGGACGGAUGUUCCUGACCUCAUUGUGAGUGUGAGCAAUCAAAUGUGGCUGCAGUUCCAGACCGAUGAGACCAACAGUUUGCUGGGUUUCAAGGCUGUAUUUUCAGAGAUAGAACAGGGAACCUGCAGUGAUCCUGGGACACCAGCUUAUGGAAGGCGAGAGGGUAAAAGUUUCCUUCAUGGUGACAUUUUGAGAUUUGAAUGUUUGCCUGCUUUUGAGCUUGUUGGCCAAAAGACGAUCACCUGCCAGAAGAAUAACCAAUGGUCAGCAAAGAAACCCAGCUGUGUGUUCUCGUGUUUCUUCAAUUUUACAACUCCAUCUGGCAUUCUGCUAUCCCCCAACUACCCAGAGGAUUACGGCAACCAUAUGCAUUGUGUAUGGCUGAUUAUCGCAAAGCCAGAAAGCAGGAUUCAUCUGGCCUUCAAUGAUUUUGACGUUGAGCCACAGUUUGACUUUGUAUCUGUGAAAGAUGGGUUGAAUCCUGAAUCGCCUGUCUUGGGAACUUUCUCGGGAAACAAAAUCCCUUCUCCUUUGACCAGCAGUGGCCAUGUAUCACGUUUAGAAUUCCUUACAGACCACUCCACAGCUGCUCGAGGAUUUAACAUCACUUUCACAACAUUCCGACACAAUGAAUGCCCUGAUCCUGGGGUGCCAGUGAAUGGGAGACGUUUUGGAGAAAGUCUGCAGCUCGGAAGUACUGUAUCUUUUCUGUGUGAAGAAGGAUUUCUGAAGACACAUGGAUCAGAAACAAUCUCCUGCAUCCUGAAAGAUGGAAAUGUGGUCUGGAAUAAUGCUGUACCAAGAUGCGAAGUUUUGUUUGUACUAAGUUCUAGUACUAACCUACUAAUAAUAAUUGCUAUCUCACCUCUUUUCAGGUUUAAAACGGAAGUAAAUUACGAUACCUUGGAAGUCCGAGAUGGGAAAUCCUACUCCUCACCACUGAUAGGUCUCUAUCAUGGUACUCAAGUGCCUCAGUUUCUGAUCAGUACCAGCAACUAUCUUUAUCUCCUGUUCUCUACUGACAAAAGCCACUCAGAUGUUGGGUUCCAAAUUCGGUUUGAAACUGUGAAACUACAAUCUGAUUCUUGCUUGGACCCUGGAAUUCCUGUAAAUGGUCAACGCAAUGGAAAUCUUUUGUAUGUCGGAUCUUCUGUGACCUUUAGUUGUGAUCCAGGCUACACCCUAAGUGAUGAUGAGGCUCUUGUCUGUGAACCUAACUACCAAUGGAGUCGUGCUUUGCCUAGUUGUGAAGCUCUGUGUGGAGGUUACAUCCGUGGAUCAAGUGGAACCAUCCUGUCUCCUGGGUUUCCUGAUUUUUAUCGAAACUCAUUGAACUGCACAUGGACGGUGGAAACAUCACAUGGCAAAGGAAUUCAGUUCAUCUUUCACACUUUUCAUUUGGAAAGUCCCCAUGACUAUUUGCUGAUCACUGAAAACGGAAGUUUUGCUCAUCCUUUGAAAAGACUCACGGGAUCUAACCUGCCACCUUCAGUCAGUGCUGGACUCUUCGGGAACUAUACAACACAGAUCCGAUUCAUUUCAGACUUCUCCAUGUCAUAUGAGGGCUUCAACAUAACCUUCACAGAAUAUGACUUGGAGCCUUGUGAUAAUCCCGGUAUCCCACCAUUCAGUAGCAGAACUGGUCGUCGAUUUGGAGUUGGAGACUCCCUUACGUUUUCAUGUUUCCCGGGGUAUAGACUGGAAGGUGCGUUCCGGAUAACUUGCCUUGGAGGUAGACGGCGUGUGUGGAGUUCGCCUCUUCCAAGGUGUGUUGCUGAAUGCGGGGCAUCUGUAACUGGAAAUGAAGGAAUUCUCCUUUCACCCAAUUACCCAGCUGAUUAUAGCAACAACCAUGAAUGCAUCUAUUCCAUUCAAACACAACCAGGCAAAGGAAUACGCUUGAAAUCGAGGACAUUCAGGCUCCAGGCAGGAGAUAUUCUGAAGAUUUUUGAUGGUAAGGACAGCUCCUCUAGAUUGCUCGGUACCUUCACCGGAUCACAGAUGCUUAAUAUCGUUCUGAACAGUACAUCAAACAGCAUGUGGCUUGAGUUCAUCACAAAUGCAGAGAACACCAGCAAGGGAUUUGAACUCCUUUUUUCAAGUUUUGAACUGAUCAGGUGUGAAGAUCCAGGGACCCCACAGUUUGGCUAUAAGAUCCAGGAUGAGGGACACUUUGCAGGGACCACUGUUGUCUUUGAUUGUAAUCCAGGGUAUACGUUACGUGGGAACUCUGUACUAACCUGCUUAACUGGAGAUCGCAGGGCCUGGGACAAUACGCUGCCUUCCUGUGUAGCUGAGUGUGGAGGUCACAUCAUGGGAGAAACUUCCGGAAGAAUCUUUUCACCUGGGUACCCAGCACCAUAUGACCACAAUCUUCAUUGCACCUGGUCUGUGGAAGCAGAUCCUGGCAGUACAAUCAGCAUCCAUUUUCUAGUUUUCCACACGGAGGCUGUUCAUGAUGUUCUGAAGGUUUGGGAUGGGCCACUGGAGAGUGGCAUUCUGCUGAGGGAGAUGAGCGGCUCCACACUGCCUCCUGAUAUCCAGAGCACAUUUAACUCCAUCACACUGCAGUUUGACACAGACUUCUUCACAAGCAAACAGGGCUUCGCCAUUCAGUUCACCAUUUCCAGAGCUACAUCAUGCAAUGAUCCCGGGGUUCCUCAGAAUGGCACUCGAAGUGGAGACAGCAGAGAGCCUCAAGAUUCAGUUGUGUUUCAAUGUGACCCUGGAUAUGUCCUACAAGGAACAGCUACCAUCAUGUGUGUCCAGAUUGACAAUAGAUUCUUCUGGCAGCCUGAUCCACCCACUUGCAUAGCUCCCUGCGGAGGAAACCUGACUGGGCCCACAGGAAUCAUCCUUUCUCCCUUUUACCCUGAGCCGUAUCCUCAUGGCAAGGAAUGUGACUGGAAAGUAACAGUGUCACCUGACUAUGUUAUUUCUCUGACAUUCCUAAGCUUCAGUGUGGAGCCAGGCUAUGAUUUCCUUCAUAUCUAUGAUGGACCAGAUUCUCUCAGUUCUCUGAUUGGCAGCUUUCAGGGCUCACAGGUGCCUGACAAAAUCGAGAGCAGCAGCAACAACCUUUUUCUGGCCUUUCGUAGUGACGCCUCGGUCAGCAUGAUGGGAUUUGCUCUUCAGUAUACCGAGAACCCCAGAGAAUCUUGCUUUGAUCCUGGAACCAUCAAGAAUGGGACAAGGGUGGGGACACACCUCAAGCUUGGAUCCACAGUGACUUUUUACUGUGACAGUGGCUAUGAAAUCGUUGGCUAUUCAACUCUGACUUGCAUCAUGGGAGCAGAUGGAAAACCUUCCUGGAACAAGCCUGUUCCGUCCUGUUCAGCACCGUGUGGAGGUCAAUACUCUGUAUCAGAAGGUGUCAUUUUGUCUCCAAACUACCCAAAGAACUACACUGGUGGACAGACAUGUUUAUAUUCCAUUAUUGUGCCAAAGAACUAUGUGGUAUUUGGCCAGUUUACAUACUUUCAAACGGCACUGAAUGAUGUGAUGGAAGUGCAUGAUGGCCCAACUCAACACUCGCGACUCCUCAGCUCACUCUCUGGCUCCCAUACAGGGGAAUCUUUGCCUUUGGCCACUUCCAAUCAAGUUUUAAUGAAGUUCAGUGCCAAGAGUCACGCAACAGCUAAAGGCUUUCAUUUUGUCUAUCAAGCGGUCCCCCGGACUAGUGCCACACAGUGUAGCUCGAUACCUGAGCCAAGGUAUGGCAGAAGAAUAGGAAAUGACUUUGCUGUGGGUGCCAUUAUCCGCUUCGAAUGCAAUCCAGGUUACGCCCUCCAAGGUUCCAAGAAUAUAGAAUGCCUAGCUGUACCUGACGCCUUGGCACAGUGGAAUGAUUCUGCACCAAGUUGUUCAGUACCUUGUGGAGGAAAUCUCACUGAACGAAAAGGCACAAUUCUGUCACCGGGCUUCCCCGAUCCUUAUCAGAACAGCCUGAACUGUUUAUGGAGAAUCACCGUCCCUGAAGGAGCUGGCAUACAGAUUCAAGUUAUCAGCUUUGCUACUGAGCAUAACUGGGAUUCGCUGGAGGUUUUUGAUGGUGGUGAUAUUACAGCAACAAUGCUUGGCAGUUUCUCAGGCACCACUGUCCCCGCUUUGUUGAACAGUAGCUCCAAUCAACUUUAUUUGCAUUUCUACUCUGACAUCAGUGUUUCUGCAGCUGGCUUCCAUCUGGAAUACAAAAGUAAGCAUUAUCAGCAGACAGGGCACUCACAUAUUUCCUGUAUGCCUGGAACGGUUCGCCGAUGGAACUAUCCACCACCACUGUGCAUUGCACAAUGUGGAGGGACUUCCACGGAUACCAGUGAUGUGAUCCUGAGUCCAGGCUUUCCAGGAAAUUAUCCCGGUUACAUGGAUUGCAUUUGGAGAAUUUCAUUAGAAGUUGGAUAUGGGGCUUAUAUCGAAUUUCGGAACUUUUCCACUGAACCUAACCACGAUUUUGUUGAAAUUCGGAAUGGACCACAUGAUACAAGUACGGUGAUUGGCAGAUUCAGUGGAGCUAAACUCCCACCUUUUCUGAUGUCAACCUCUCAUGAGACAACCAUAUACUUCCACAGUGACCAUUCGGAAAACAAACAAGGCUUUGAGCUUAUGUACCAAGCAUAUGAGUUGCAUGAAUGUCCCGAUCCACGGCCGUUUGCCAAUGGCAUUGUCACAGAAUCUGGUUACAAUGUUGGACAGUCCAUUUCAUUUGAGUGUUUGCCAGGCUAUGAACUUAUCGGCCAUUCUGUUCUAAUCUGUCAGCAUGGAAUCGACAGAAACUGGGAUCACCCUAUACCAAGAUGUGAAGUUCCCUGUGGAGGCAACAUCACCACUUUAAAUGGCACAAUCUACUCCCCUGGCUAUCCAAAUGAAUAUCCAAACUCUCAGGACUGUACAUGGCUUGUGACAGUGCCUGUGGGCUAUGGGAUUUACGUCAACUUAACUGUGCUGCAAACUGAACCUGGCAAUGACUUCAUUACUAUAUGGGAUGGAGCUCAGCAAAGUGCACCUCAGCUGGGGGUGUUCACUGGAAGCUCAACUAAAGAAUCCACGUACAGUUCUUCAAACCAGGUUCUUUGCAAGUUCCACAGUGAUAUGGCAAAUGGAGGUCUAUUUGUUUUAAACUUUUAUGCGUAUCAACUUAGGAAAUGUCGCCCUCCUGUCUCUGUGCCAAAUGCUGAAAUAUUCACUGAAGAUGAAGAGUUUGAAAUUGGUGACAUCAUCAAGUACCAGUGCAUCCCUGGGUUUACUCUGAUUGGAAAUGAAAUAUUAACAUGUCGUUUAGGAACACAUCUGCAGUUUGAAGGACCUCCUCCAUCAUGUGAAGCACACUGCCCGAUGAACGAGAUCCACACAGAUUCCUCAGGAGUCAUCUUGAGUCAAGGCUUCCCAGGAAAUUAUCCUCAUUUUCAGACCUGUUCAUGGAUUAUUAAGGUGGAUCCAGGCUUCAACAUCACACUUCUAAUUGAUUUCUUCCAGAGUGAAAAACAAUUUGAUGAACUGGAAAUAUUUGAUGGACCUUCAAGUCAAAACCCACUGCUGAUCUCUCUCAGUGGCAACUACACAUCUCCAAUAACUGUCGUCAGCUCGGGCAAUAAGGUAUACCUCCGCUGGUCAACUGACCACGCCACGAGUCGGAAAGGCUUUAAGAUCCAUUAUUCAGCCCCGUAUUGUAGCCCACCAAGCCCCCCUCGGCAUGGCACGGUUCACACUCAAACAGGAGGCCUACCUGGUGGCACAGUGCAAUUCAGCUGUGAUCCAGGUUACCGGCUGAUUGGACAGGCUGUUGCAACAUGCUCUCGAUCCCCUCAAGGCUGGUAUGACUGGAAUACCAUUCCUCCUCUUUGUCAAGCUAUUUCUUGUGGCGUUCCAAAAGCCCCAGAUAACGGGACGGUCUUUGGGAGAGAGUACACUCUCGGAACAAGGGCCAUAUAUCAGUGCAAUGAAGGAUAUAGGUUGCAAUCUGGUGAAUUAUCAACUGCCGUCUGCCAGGAAAGUGGAAAAUGGAGCAACAAUGAUAACCCUCCAUUGUGUGUGGCUGUGACAUGCCCUGAUGUUAAUAGUAUCCGUGUAGAUCAUGGGGACUGGAAGCUAUUAUGUGGAAAUCCAAAUCAAUAUGGAGCUCAAGUCAUUAUCAUUUGUGAUCCAGGAUAUUACCUGCAAGGACUUAGGGUCAUCAAUUGUCAGGCCAAUGGUACUUGGAGUGCAGGAGAGCCGAAGCCCACAUGUAAUAUAAUCUCAUGUGGUGAACUGCCAUUUCCUCCAAAUGGCAAUAAAAUUGGAACAUUAACAGUAUAUGGAGCGACUGCCAUCUUUUCCUGCAAUACCGGAUACACAAUGGUGGGAUCCCGGGUGCGGGAAUGUCAGGCCAAUGGGCUGUGGAGCGGAAUGGAAGUGAAAUGCCUUGGUCAGUAUUUGGUUGUAUUUACAUACCAGUUCAUAAAUGGUGCUGAUUGCAGCAUUUUCUUUGCUUCAGCUGGUCACUGUGGGAUGCCUAAGCCCAUUGUCAAUGGUCAAAUAAUUGGAGAAAAUUUCAAUUAUCGUGGGACAGUGGUGUACCAGUGCAGUCCAGGUUUUCGCUUGAUUGGAACUUCAGUCCGAAUUUGCCAGCAGGACCACCAGUGGUCAGGCAGAUCACCUGUAUGUGUGCCAAUUACAUGUGGACAUCCUGGUAAUCCAGCUAAUGGCAUAACACAUGGAACUCAGUUUAACCUGAAUGACAUUGUUCGGUUCACCUGUAAUCCAGGAUAUACACUGUAUGGGGCCAUUAGCUCCCAAUGUCAAUCUAAUGGACAGUGGAGCAAUUCACUUCCGACAUGUCAAGUUGUCAAUUGUUCAGAUCCUGCACAUAUUGAAAAUGGCAUUCGUCGAGUGCAAUUAAACGUCGCACAAAGGUUCAAUUACGGUAGUACCGUGUCGUAUGAGUGCAAUCCCAGAUACCACCUGUUGGGAUCAGACGUGUUGACCUGUCAAGGAGAUGGUUCCUGGGAUCGAUCUCUUCCAAAGUGUUUUUUGGUGAGCUGUGGCCAUCCUGGCAUUCCACCUGGUGCAGAACUGUAUGGUGACCAGUUUACAGUUGGCUCCACAGUGCGGUAUUACUGUGAAAGAAAUCGUCGCUUGAUUGGAAAUGCCACUCGUAUCUGCCAACUGGAUGGGCACUGGAGUGGAUCAUUACCACACUGCUCAGAUAAUAAUCUUGGAUAUUGUGGUGACCCAGGACUCCCAGCACAUGGCAUUCGCUUGGGCAAGGAUUUCCGAGUGAAGGACAUACUUCGAUUCACAUGUGAAGCUGGUUAUGUUCUUAAAGGAUCUUCGGAACGUGUCUGCCAACCAGAUGGAACCUGGACUGGGAUCCAGCCAGAAUGUAAAGCUGUGUCCUGUGGAAAUCCUGGAACGCCACGUAACGCUAGGAUAGUGUACAGCAACAAAUUGGUCUUCUCAAGUUCCAUUACCUACGCAUGUAGAGAAGGCUACUAUUCGACUGGCUUGUUAACUAGACACUGUACUGUGAAUGGAACCUGGACCAGUGUGCCUCCGCAAUGCACAGUGAUAAAUUGUGGCGACCCUGGAAUACCAGCUAAUGGAAUCAGACUGGGUUCUGACUUCACCUAUAACAAGACAGUGGUUUUCCAGUGCACGCCAGGCUACACAAUGGAUCCCUUGAGAUAUUCUACUCUCAUCUGCACCAAGGACAGAACCUGGAAUGGAACCAGGCCAGCUUGCAGAUCAAUCACAUGCCAACCUCCUCCGAGAAUCCUCAAUGGAAUUGUAGUGGGAACAGACUUCAGCUGGGGGGCCAGCAUCAGCUACACCUGUGCUGAGGGAUACCAGCUGUCAUUACCUGCUGUGCUUACCUGUGAGGGAAAUGGGACCUGGAUUGGGGAGAUCCCACAGUGCUUUCCUGUGUUUUGUGGAGACCCAGGAAUCCCAGCACAAGGAAGACGAGAAGACCGAGGGUUUACAUACAAAUCUGCUGUUUUCUUCACCUGCAACCCAUCAUUGGUACUCGUGGGGUCAUCCAGGAGGUUUUGCCAGUCUGAUGGCACCUGGAGUGGAACACAGCCUACCUGUAUGGAUUCAACACAUACCACUUGCGUUGACCCAGGUGUGCCCAUCUUUGGAAUACAGAACAAUUCUGAAGGUUACCAGGUUGGAAGUACAAUGGGAUUCAAGUGCCAGAAAGGUUAUCUGCUCCUUGGAUCAACCACACGCACAUGUCUGGUCAAUCUUACCUGGAGUGGUACUCAGCCAGAGUGCAUCUCACACCACUGCAGACAGCCUGAGACUCCUCCUCAUGUGAAUGUGGAAUCAAUCGAGCUGCCUUCACUGGGAUACACUUUGAUAUACACGUGUCAGCCUGGCUUCUACCUUACUGGAGGGUCAGAGCAUCGAACCUGCAGGCCUGAUGGAAGCUGGACAGGAAAACAGCCUCUCUGUUAUGACACCAGGCCAAGUGGGAGACCAAUUGGAACAGCCAAGGAAAUUCCAAGUACCAAACUUUCAGUUCCACCCAAUGUUUUUGCUCAGAAUUCCCUCUGGAAAGGUUCUUACGAGUACCUUGGGAAGAGGCAGCCAGUCAUGUUAACAAUUAACAGUUUUAAUCUAUCCACUGGUCAAGUUAAGGCAACUCUUCUAGAUCAGAGUGGAGUGGAGCUUAGAUUGAAAGGUUUCUACAAAAAGGAAGAACAUCACCUUCUUCUUGAACUCUAUACAAUCCGUGGUCCUGUUGAAAUGUUUGUGCACAAGUUUAAGAAUGACAAUCUGGCUCUGGACGGCUAUGUUUCAGCAGAGGCUUCAGGCAGCACAUUCGUGUACCAAGGAUUUGUACAAGGCAAAGACUUUGGACAGUUCGGUCUCCAAAGAAUAGAUCUGCACACGCUGGAAGCUGGAACGGAUUCGAUAGGGCAUCACCUUAGCACUAGCAGCAGCUCAGUAGCUGUUGCCAUCCUCGUGCCUUUCUUUGCCCUGAUAACAGCAGGAUUUAUACUGUAUCUCUACAAACACAGGAAAAGGCCAAAAGUACCAUUCAAUGGUUUUGCAGGCCAUGAAAAUACAAACGGUCGAGCAACUUUUGAAAAUCCCAUGUACGAUCGAAAUGUCCAAUCCUCUGACAUUGUGGCCAAUGAGAUUGAAGUGACAGUGAGCACUGUAUGCACAGCAGUAUAG